UUUAAUGAAAAAGUUCUUGUUCAAUCCCUCCCAAAAUUUCGUGAUAAUCCGCCCAGAAGUGACUCUCGGACACCGCGAUUAGCUGUAAACUGUUACUUCGAUGGUGUUCUAGUGGUGGGAAGUGUUUUCAGUGCAAAUUUCGACGGAUUUACCUCGGAAUUCGUCUUUCAAAAUCGCGACUUGCUAGGAACAACACGAGCAGCGCGAGGAAGGAAUGAAAAAAGUUCCAUCUCGUGCAUCAACAAAAUAAAAUUGAAAAUUGAUCCCGAUCUGUGACACCCUUCAAUCGAGAGAACGCGGAACGAGCAGCAGCAUUGGCGCCGCUGGAGACCGGAAUCGGAGUUCUAUGAACACGGACAAACAGAGCAAAAUUGACGGCGAUUCCAGCAGGAUCGAUGAAGAAUCGUCGUCAUCCGGGGCAAAACGAACUCAAUCAGCCUCUCCCGCUAAAGUAGUAACUCCGCAACUCGGCUCCCACGAAGCGGACAAGCCGCGCCGCACCGCCAACGUCUGUGAAAAUCGUUCCAAGAGUAGUACACCAGCAGCAGCAGCAACAACACCUGCAGUCACCGGUACCGCCAGAUCUACCGGUUCCGAAAGCGAAGAUAUGAAGCGUGCUUCUGCGAAGAAGCUUAUCGAGCGAUACUUUUACCAACUGGUCGACGGAUGUGGCAAUCCGAAAUGCAACAACAAAUACUGUGCCUCAAGCGGUAAGGUGGAAAAGCUUACCCCGAAUGCGGCCGCCGCCCGUGCUAUCCAGCUGUUCACACAGGAAGCCACCCUGUGCGAUACGCACCCAUCGAAGGUGCCAAAAACCAUGGCCAGUGCAUCUACAUCGACGCCCGGAUCUUCGUCGUCAUCGGUGGCUACGUCAGUAUCUGCUAGUGCUGUUUCAGUUAAGGAUGGUAGUAGUAGUAGUGGAAAUGCAUCUGCUGGCAGUUCGUCCGGAUCAAGUUCCGGACUGGAUGAUUCUACGGUCAGCACCGAAGCUGAAUCUGCUGCUUGGCGUUUGAUUACCGCUGCCAAUCUGGAAGAGAUGAACGAUAGUUCAAAUCUCGACAUGGACUCCAUGGAUGAAGAUGAGCAGCGGGAAUCGAAUAUACGAAAAAAUCAAAACCACCAUUACGAGGGUGGAGGCGGUGAGGGGAGUGUCAAGAGUCCCUAUGCUCUCCGUAGCAGCGCUACUAGUCAGGGAAGCAGUUCGCCAUUUGCCAGUAGCAGUAGUAAUCUCAUUGGUGGGAAGAAGAAAACGCUCAGCACUAGCAGCAGUUGCAACAAGGAAUCUAGCAAAAAACAACGAGACUCAUCGCCGGUAGAUUCUCUGGACGAAGCUAAGCUUCGGGAGUUGAUGGAAGCAUGUAAGCGAGACAAUUCGGACACACCGCUGAUCCGUACCCUGGGUGCCAUUUUUUCCUCGUACCAAUCGAUAGCGCAAAGCUUUCAAAAAAGACCCUGCUCGAGUAUCGAUGCGAUGCUCGAGAAAGCACCGGAAGAUUUGAAAAAUCUCAAAAAAGAAGACUUACGAACCCUGGAGGGGGAUCUGGACAAGGACGAAGACAGUUGUGCGGAGAAGGCGCCGCCGGAAACGAAGGAAAGGCAUUAUACGACGGUCGAUUUGGUAAGCUUGCGGCGUUCGAUGAAAGCGCUAUACGAAGCGAAUAGCUCCGUAUUUGGUCCCAUCAACAAUGCCUUACAAUCGCUAGGAGAAACGCUCAGUGUCGAACUGCGUGUGCAUCUCACCCAGAAGGUGGAUCUGGAAGAGAUCGUUACGGUUUUUGUAAUCGUCUUUGAAGUAUUACAAAUUGGAACGGCCGAGUUCCUGGAGGUAUCGCUACCUAGGAUUUGUGCUGCCGUUUGUCACCUGCCGGUUUGGGCCCAAUCACGGUUAGUACACAUCUGGGCGGUACACAGUAAGGAUGGCAUUCAACCAAUGUUGCAGUUGGUGCAGCAGCUGGUAACAAUCUCCACCCUUUCGCUGAACUACUAUCGGGACGUCAAAAUUCACGACAACGAGGUCGUGUGCAAUGCGACCAAGGUGAUGAAGCUCGUCUUCUACGCCAACAUCCUGGCCGGUGACGUGGAUCCCAAACACUACCGGGAAGCCGAUAUGGGUGACAUUGCCCCGCCGACCUAUCUUUCGCUUAUCCCGGAGGAUGACGAACCCCCAGUGUACAAUAGCAAAGAAAAGAAAGCCAAACAACAAAAGCUAGAGGACCCUCUGGCGACCGAACUGGACGUUAACAUCCUAGACUGUCGGAAGCCCCACGUACCGUACGAGGAGUUCUACAACGAACCCCUGUGCGACGUAAUCGAAAUGGACCACGACUAUCUCAACUACAAAAACACUACCUCGGAGGGAGCAUACUUUGCGAACUCGACCAAAAAGUUCAGCUUCAUGCUGUACUCGUUCAUCCUAACGCCGGCAACGAAAACGCUCGCCCUGUACUACGACUCCCGGAUCCGGAUGUACUCGGAACGACGGUUAACCUUCCUGCAUCACCAACUGGGUGGCGGUGGGCAGCAGAACGGGAAUCCUUUCCUGAAGUUGAAAAUUCGCCGGGAUCAUAUCAUUGACGAUGCGCUGGUCGAGCUGGAGAUGAUAGCGAUGUCGAACCCGAAGGAUUUGAAGAAGCAAUUGGUGGUAGAAUUUUCCGGGGAACAGGGAAUUGACGAGGGUGGCGUAUCGAAGGAAUUCUUUCAGUUAAUCAUCGAAGAGAUUUUCAAUCCGGACUACGGAAUGUUUAUCAACAUUGAAGACACCAACACGGUGUGGUUCAAUUCAACAUCGUUCGAAAACGAGGCCCAGUUUACGCUGAUCGGAAUCGUACUCGGAUUAGCCAUUUACAACAACAUCAUUUUGGCAGUGAACUUCCCGAUGGUGGUCUACCGAAAGCUGAUGGGAAUGAAGGGAUCGUAUGUGGAUCUGCGGGAUUGGAAUCCAGUUUUGUACAACAGUUUAAAAUCGAUGUUGGACCACCAAGACAACGACAUGGAGGAAGUGUUUAUGCAAACGUUUAAAAUUUGCUACAAGGACGUGUUCGGCAAUGCACUGGAGCAUGAGCUGAAACCGGACGGAGACAAGAUCUUCGUCAACCAGGACAACAAGCAGGACUUCGUGGAACUCUAUACGGACUUUUUGCUCAACCAGAGUAUCGAGAAACAGUUCAAAGCGUUCAAGCGUGGCUUCCAGAUGGUGACGGACGAAAGUCCGCUGCACCUGCUGUUCCGACCGGAGGAGAUCGAGCUGAUAGUGUGCGGCAGCAAAGAGUUCGAUUUCAACGAGCUGGAACAAUCGACCGAGUACGAGGGUGGCUUCACGUCGGACUCGCAGACGAUCAAGGAUUUCUGGAAUAUCGUGCACGGGUUGUCGAUGGAAUCGAAACGGAAGCUGCUGCAGUUUACCACCGGCUCGGACCGGGUACCGGUCGGUGGUCUCAGCCGACUGAAGCUGGUAAUCGCUCGAAAUGGACCCGAUUGCGACCGGUUACCGACUAGCCAUACAUGUUUUAAUGUAUUGCUCCUGCCGGAGUACAGCACCAGGGAAAAACUCGAGGAACGUCUACUGAAAGCCAUCAACUACUCCAAAGGAUUCGGAAUGCUAUAAUGAACAUUAGAAUGCGUAACUCGAUGAUAGGUUACGAUCGCCACGAUGAUCAGAUCAUGGAAUGUUGUUGUUUUUUUUUUC